AUGCUGUCAAAGAGCAUGGGAGGGCGAAAAGAGCCAAUGACAUCAUCCUCCGAGGGAGGGAGAGAGCAUACAAUCAAUACAAGUGAGUCGACCCAAGGCAGUGUGAGGAAGGAGGGCUGCUGUGCUGCUCACACACGCACACACACCAGCAAGGAGCUGCGCGACAACGGCAUGGUGGAUCCUCCGGGCAUGCUCCUUAAGCCAAAGUAUGACCGCUUUCGCAACGAGUCUGUGACUUCCUCCUCCGAUGACCUGAUGCAGAGCUUAGCCAUGAGCGGCAAAGUCGUGGCCACGCCGGUGGUCCCCUCCUCGACCCCUGGCCUCCCCUUGCCUCCCCUGGACUCUAGCGCCAGGUCCUCCGGGGCUGCAGCUCUGGCUGACUCGCCCUGCCUGGACGGAGAGCAGGACAGCACCACCACCUUUUGCAUGCUCAUCCCCAAGAUGCCGCAGUGGAAGUUCUCCAACUCCCUGCUCAGUCGAAGCCCCUCCAACUCCAGCUCAAGCUCAACCUCCAGCAAGGACUCGAGCAAAGCCGCCCACCAAGGGUCCCCUUCCUCCUCCUCUUCGUCAACGUCGCACAGGCACAGCGGGGUGCCCUCGACCGGCCCUGUGGCCAGUCUGGCUGCUGUGCUCAACUCCUGUGACCCGGUGUGUGUCACCCCGUGUUCUCUGCAGGCCAUUCGAGGGCAGAGAGCUGCAGCGGUGCACUCUGGCCACGGAUUCGGGGAGGUCACAGCGAGCCCGGUGGGGUCUGAUUGCGGAGGCUCCAGAUCUGGAAUGAGUCGUAGGACCAGGGUGGAGGGCAUGUGGCCCAACGGGGACGAUUUCAGCCAGAAGGGCAGUUUCAUCCACAAACCUUCCCAAGGAUGGCUGCACCCGGACAAGAAGAUGGCAGGACCAGGAGCCUCUUACAUUGUCAGGUACAUGGGCUGCAUUGAAGUGCUGAAGUCAAUGCGCUCCCUGGAUUUCAACACACGCACUCAGGUGACCAGGGAGGCCAUCAACAGGCUAUGCGACACUGUACCAGGUGGAAAAGGUGCAUGGCGAAAGAAGGCUGGGAACAAAGCUCUUCAUUCCAUCAUGGGAAAGAGCAACCUGCGUUUCGCCGGCAUGAGCAUCGCUGUCAAUAUUUCCAUAGACGGACUGGGUCUGCUCAUUCCUACAACAAGACAGAUGUUAGCGCACCACCCUAUGCAGUCCAUCUCAUUUGCCUCUGGUGGAGACACAGACACACCCGAUUAUGUUGCAUACGUGGCCAAAGACCCCGUGAAUCAGAGAGCAUGUCAUAUUCUCGAGUGCUCGGAUGGUUUGGCCCAGAGUGUCAUCAGUACUAUUGGCCAAGCUUUUGAGCUGCAAUUCAAACAGUACCUACACAGUCCACCUAAGACUCUAACGUCUUUAGACAGGUCUUUCAGGACAGAGGAACCGGUGUGGGGCGAGGAUGAAGACUUCUCCGAGCACGACUACUAUAACAGCAUCCCGGGCAAGGAGCCUCCGCUCGGGGGGGUGGUGGACUCCAGACUGCGGCCCAGUCAAUCCCAGCUAUCUCACAUCCACACACAACCACAAAGCAGAGCAUCACUACAGAUGGGCUCACCAGCGAAAAGGGAGCAAACAACUCACCAUGCAAGUCAACUGUGCUAUGAACUUCAUUGGGACACCGACGCAACCAGUGGUUCAGAUGGUUACCUGUGUGCUGAUGGCCAGCCGCCUGGCAACAAAGACUACGAGGAGCACCAGUAUGUGAAUACGCAAAGUUUUGAAAACUUGGAUUCUCUGGCCCAAAGCCACAAUGGACACAGGGGGGCCAGUGGGCCAGACAGUCCUAAGAAAGACCUCUUUGACAUGAGGCCCUUUGAGGAUGCCCUAAAACUGCACGAAUCUGGCGGCGCUACUGCAGCUGAAGUCGGAGGCGUACAGCUACUGGAGGAUCAGUGGCCCAGCCCUCCAAGGCGUCGGGCCCCUGUGGCCCCGAAUGAGGAGCAGCUCCGGAGGGAGACCUGGUAUCACAGCCGGAUGAGCAGGAGAGAUGCCGAAAAGCUGCUGGUCCGAGACGGAGACUUCCUUGUGCGGGAGAGCACCGCCAACCAGGGUCAGUACGUGCUGACGGGAAUGCACUGCGGCCUGCCUAAACAUCUGCUACUAGUGGACCCUGAGGGAGUGGUCCGGACCAAAGAUAUGUUAUUUGAGAGCAUCAGCCACCUUAUCGCGUACCACCUGAAGAACGAGUUACCUAUUGUGGCAGCCGAAAGCGAGCUCCACCUCAAGCAGGUGGUCAGGAGGAAGCAAUGA